AUGGAGGUGUCGGGGCCGACGGGAGAGGCGCUUCCACCACGAGAGGGUGGCCCCACGUCGCCCUCCGUGUCGGGUUCCUCCGCUGCGGCGCGUGUGACGGCGUCGCUCGAAUCCUCCCCGCAGCCGUCUGUGGCCGACGAGGCGGGAGCUGGUGACUCUCCAAGCAUGUCACAAAUUCCUGCUAUCGACGCCCUGUUGUUGGCGCAACGGAUGCGAGAGAGCACGGAGCUCGGCUCGGACACCGCGGAGCAAAGUCCAACGACUCCAAGCAGUCAGUCCCCCGUCGCGGUGAACCCGCGGCGCUCGCUAAACCCCGCCUUUUCCCUUAGCCCUCGUGCAGCAAGUGGCGGUGGCGUGCUGCACGUCACCUCAGCCACGCCAAGCGUCACCUUAAGCACAGACCGGGAUGCGCCUCCGAUGGAGUACAGCUACGCUCUGGGCACAGUGGAGGGCCGUCGCAACUUUGUUGCAGAUGUGUUGCACCUCGCAAGACAGAUGAGCAUGCAGAAGCUUGUAGAGGAGCUUCUUCCUGUCUUAUUGCUGGCUUCAAACUACGAAGAUACUGUCUGCGCGAUUGCCCGUGUAUUACCGGAUGUUGUGAAACUCGUUCCGGCACUGAGCGAAGAUACAUUUGUGUACUUUUUAGGACUUAUCAUGAAUUUAUGCUGCGCUGCUGAUCACAUCGCUUUGCGUGCGGUUGCGGCGUCGCUGCGGGAGAUUGGGUGUUACGUGAAUGAUGACAUCGCUGCGAACCUGCUGCUACCCCUCCUAAUGUCCAUGUUAGUGUCCUACUGGAGCUCCCCAAGGGCCGUGGCCGCAUCUUUGCUAGGCGUCUUUGCUGCCCGACCGACGCUUGUAGAGAAGAGUGGUAUGAAAGUGAUGCAGUGGUUUAACUGUUUUAUUGACCUCGCAAGUGACAGGUGUCAGUUUGUGCAGGAGAUGGUGGUACGCUCGCUGCAUCAGUGGGUGGCUGUGGCGAAGGCACACGGUGUGAAUAUUGUCGAAAUGCUACUUCCCUUAGUGCAUGAUUGCAUGACAGAAGAGAAGAGCGACGUGGUUCGUCACUUGCACGUCGCUGAACUUGUGACUCUCGCGGAAUGCAUAGGAAAGGAGGCAACGACGAGGCACCUUCUGUCGCUGUUUAUUGAGGCAACCAAAGACACCAGUUGGCGUGUGCGGUACACCGCCGCAUUUCACCUCGGACGCUUUUCCAGCUGCUGCUGUCUUCAUCCGGAUGCACUUUUAGACGUCUUUGUUGCCCUCUGCAGGGACGAGACGAAGGAGAUCCGUGCCGCCGCCGUGGAACAGCUUGGUGUAUUCUUUCGUCUGAAUUCGCCAGAGUUGCUAAGCAAAAUGUGUGUGGUAGCAGCCUCUCUUGCACAGGACAGGGAAGUCAUUGUGCGGACAAGCGUCGCAAAUUUUUUUUAUGUGUUCCUCUCCCCCAGCAUUGUUGAGGAGUACACAGCGGAGCAGCUGCAGGCCCUUUUUGCCCUCUUAACCGACGAAAAUUACAUCGUUGGGCAAAGUGUAAUGCGGAGCCUGAAAAGUGUCGCUGCAAACCUCAGCAAAUACCUGAACCCCGCUGGAAGCGAUGGUGAGCGGAAGGUCGCAGGGGAGGAGGAAUUUUCGGUGGCGUGUAACAGUCACCAGGGCAGACGCAGUGGGAGCGCCAUGAACUGCUCCCCUUCUGCUCGCGCAGACGCUGAUGUUCCUCCACCGUUGUUGACGGGGCCAGUCGACGAGGAACAACGACGGCGUGCCACACUCGUUAUUUCAGGACUCAUUGAUCAGCUACACAUCGUUCGCGAUUCGAAAAACUGGCGCAUGCGUGAGGCGCUGGUCGUUGCUAUCCGCUACUUUUCUGUCACCCUUACAGAAGAAGGCUUCAUUCCGCUUCUGUACCUUAUUCGCUCGCUGCUUCGGGACCCAGUUUGUGCCGUGCGGGAGAGCGCGAUUGCGACGCUGACGGCAGUGGCAACUUCUUACGGCCCUGAGUGGGCCGCUCUCAUGGCAUUCGAUCUUUUUCAGUGGGAAUUUGCCUUCAAGGCCCGCACGCCGUACGUCUGGAGAGUUGUGGCGAUUCAGUCACUUUCGGGCAUUCUUCCCGUGGUGAGUGGCCUCUCGCCAAUGGAUCUGCGCCGCCAGGAGCUUAUACAGCAGUGGAUGCGUCUGGUGCGAUUCUUCUCUGAAGACGCCGUCUCGAACGUGCGCCUGGCAGUUGCGAAGUCGCUGUUGGCGCACUGGGACUGGUACGCGGUGUGCGGCAUCCAUCACAACGUCAUCCGCCAGUGUGCCGACCGCCUGCAGCGCGACAGUGACGUGGGUGUUUCGCGUGUUGCAGCGGAGCUCGACGUCAGCAGGUUGGCUGGCGAUGGCAACUCUUUUUAG